CUUCAACAGGUGCUAUACGAACAUGGCGUUACGUAUCAGACUUUAUUUCAGAUUCAGCUUUACAGUUCGUUGGUUCUCUUGCUCAGCUCUGUAGUAAUAUUCCCAAACAUUCAAAAAGRCAAACAUGAUCAAACUGAGAAACCUGCUUCAAAAACAAACCAUGACCAAGAAAAACACCAKGGAGUUUCAAAGAGAUUGAAAAAUCUGAAAGAAAUCAUCGCGUUGAUGAAGAGUUCGAUCUUCGUAGUGACCUGCUUGUUUAUUGGAAUGUGCCGGCUUCGUUUAUUUUUCUUUAUGACAACCUUUCAACAGUAUAUUCUURCUUUGCCGAAUACUGACAUGAAAACAGUCACAAAAUACGCAGACUUUUACGGUGUUAUACAGCUGUGUAGCCUAGCCUUGUGCCCUUUAGUUGGGGGAUUGGUAACUAUUGCUGUCAAAAUGUCCAGACGUUCUUCUACUAUGCGUCAUCAAGAGAUUACCAUGGUAACAAGUCAAUCUUGUCAAUGUAAAAGUGUGGCUGAGAUUGACGCGGUGACCGCUGCCCGCGCUGCUGAGAUUCGUGGUUGUACUGUGUACUAUGCCUGCAGUGGUCUYUUGUUGAUCUUAGUCAGUUUGUUAACCAUAAUUCCAAACGUUCCAUUACAGAUUGUGUCAUUCCUCUUGGUAGCACUUCUACGUUGUUUUUACAAUGGAGGAUUUUCGAACCUUUUCCUUGUCGCGUUUCCCUCGCAGCAUUUUGGCAAACUCUUUGGCAUUGGUGGUUUUCUUUGCUCGAUUGUUCAAAUGAUUCAGCUUCCCAUAUUUCACAUUCUGGAAACUUAUUUCCCAAUGGAAAUCAUGAAGGUAACAAACAUUAUGUUUAAUUAA